AUGAUUAUCCGGGGUGUGGGGAUGGAGCGCUCCAUGAUGUGGGGAGAAAGGCUAGUCCUUCUCUCCCAGAGUCAUGUGGCAGCCGUCACCACCUCUAGGAUUCCCUGCCAGGCUUCUGGGAACAACAGAUGGAUUCUAGCAAACAUCCCAUUUCUCACACCUCUCUUACAGCCGGGGGAAGAUUGCGAAGUCAUGCCACAAGUUCGACUAGAGAUAAAGACAUCAGUAUGUCAGGUAGAAGUAGAAUUGGUUCCUGUGGUUGAGAUCUUCAACCAAUGGUGUGACAAGGCUUGGUGGUCUCCAUGUUUGAAGCAGUGGCCUUCUCAGGAGAAAGCAGAAUGUGUUAAGUCAAUUGGGUUUAGCCUGAUGGCUUGCUCCAGUUUCCACUGGCAAUUGAACUUCUCUCAAGCUGAGUAUAUGGUGAUGGAGGGGAUAGAUGAGGAUGGUGGUUGCCGAAAGACAUGUUUCCAGGUCCUGAGGCAGAUGAAAGAGGAUGUUUGGUGUCCCGGAAACAGACCUAUCAUCACAUCUCAGCAUCUUAAGAUGGUUCUGUUUUGGACUUGUAAGAAGUACCCACAUGCCAAAGACUGGAAAAAUUUCACAGUAUCCUUUCUGUGCCUGGUCCGUAAGCUGCACAAGUGUGUGUCCCAGCACUUCUUGAGACACUAUUUUGUUGAUGGAAACAACAUGUUUCAGUAUGUCAGCAUAAAUGACUUGGAUGCCAUAGCCCAAAAGCUGACCCUUUUUCUAGAGAAUCCAGGACUCUGCUGGACCUGA